AACAGGUACAUUUACAGCAAGCCACAUCCUCAUUCCCCUUGUCUUUCACACAGUCUGUGCAGCUCAAAGCCGAUGUUCUCCCAUGAUGAUAGCACAUCUUUAUCUUUUCUCUAUGUUCCACCUGUCUUUACAAUUUUUUGCCAAUGCCACACUGAACGUCGUUCAGACUCCUAAGAAUUUAUCGGUUACAAAGGGAGACAAUGCCAGUAUAACUUGCUCCUGGGAAGCUGAGGAUCAGGACGAGAGGAUCAGAGUCUGGUGGAAAAUAUAUUAUGAAUCAGCGAGUGGAGAUCAUGAUCCGACAGUUUUAGCAUCUCUUUUGUGGACAAACAAUAAAUCAGAGGUCAGAAUCAGAUCUCGGGAUCAGAGUGACUAUCAGUUAACAAAGGAUAAAGCCAAGCUCUGGCUUUUCUAUGUCAAUGAGAGCGACGCCGGAACUUACUUUUGUGAGAUCACCAUUGAUAAACCAGAUCUUCGAUCUGGAAAAGGAAAAGGCACAACAUUGUAUGUCACUGACUCUGAGAUUCAUACCUGGUGGAACUACAUCUGGAUUAUCCUUGCUAUUCUUAUUGCAUUCAUUAUAGUCACAAUUCCAAUUAUUUGGGUUUGCAAAAGAAGAAAAGAACCAACAGCUCUGUACAGUGAUCACCUGUAUGGCAACUUCACAAAAAACGAAAAGCAUUCACGCAGAAAAAUCUCCUCAAAAACCAAGAAGCACCAUCCAAGCAGAUGUAAAAAUGUUUCCAGUGUUGACAAGGGGAAAAAGAAACAACAACAAAAUGAGACUGUUUGAAUUUUCACUCGAUUAGAGACUUUCCCUUCAAGUUUAAUCCAUAUUACGAGAGCAAUUAUGGCCCGAGAAGCCAGGAAACAUUACAAUUCCCUCAAUGAGAUGGAGAAGACUCACAAUGAACCCCGGAUAACGUUUUCGUGAAAAAAACAACGAUAAAGAGUUUCCAGUCAAUGAAUCUGGGUUCCCCGUCUGUCCUGGAAUGAUGAAGGUUCUCACAGCUGGCUCCUCCUGUAUAGACUCCAUAUUAUGCUCAUAAUGACUGACAAGCAAUGAAAAAACACACAAUGUCAUAGUGAAAAGUUCACUGGACCCUUCAGCUGUUGUGCUGAGUUGUGUUUAAUACAGAGAAUAUAUUUUAUGGUUCUUCUAGACCAGUGAUCCCUAACCAGUAGCUCGUGAGUAACAUGUUGCUCCCCAACUCCUUGGAUGUUGCUCCCAGUGGCCUCAA